UGGUCAUUUCGUGGGACAUCCUUCACCUGAGACAGAUUUCUGAACAGAGAUUUAGGGCAGAUCCAGAAGAAACUAUAAACAUAACAUCCCAGUUACUGGGCAUUUUCCAAAUCGGAAGAAAAUGACGAAGGCCCAGGGAUCGCUGACCCUGAAGGAUGUGGCCGUGGACUUCACACGGGAGGAGUGGCAGCUCCUGACCCCUGCCCAGAAGGCCCUGUAUCGGGAGGUGAUGCUGCAGAACUACAGCCACCUGGUGUCCGUGGAAAUUGAGAAAGUGGCUGGUCUUGUGCAGCUGCACUGGCAAAACCAAAAUAUGCCGCAGAGGAUGGAACAGUGUUAUGGACAGGAUGCGUUUGGGAAUAGUAUUCAUUGGAGCAAAAAUUGUUUUCCUUUAAAGCCAAAUCAUGAUGUAUUUGAUUUACAUGGAAAAACUUUGAAACCAUAUUUAGAUGUAAUCAACCAGAGUAGUCGCUUUGACCCAGAAGAGCCUGCUGAGCUUACUGGAGAGGGAAGAGCCUUGCUUCACGCUAAUCGUGAGCAAACUCAUCCUGAACUUGAACAUCAGCAAAUACACAAAAUAGAGAACACCUAUGAAUGUGCUGAAUGUGGAAAAGCCUUCCUCAAGAAGUGUCGGCUCAACGAACAUAAGAGAAUUCAUACAGGAAAGAAACCCCACGGAUGUGGUGUGUGUGGGAAAGCUUUCUCCAAGAAGUUCAAGCUCACUGAACAUGAGCGAUCUCACAAAGGAGAGAAACCCCAUGAGUGUGGUGAGUGUGGAAAAGCCUUCCUCAGGAAAUUUCAGCUUACGGAACACCAGAAGACUCAUACGGGAAAUAAACCCCACGUGUGCGGUGUAUGUGGGAAGGCAUUCUACAGAAAGUCCAAGCUAAUUGAGCACCAGAGAACUCACACAGGAGAGAAGCCUUAUGAAUGUACUAAUUGUGGCAAAGCCUUCUGCAGGAAGCGAGAACUCAUUGUACAUCAGAGAAACGAAAGAGGAGAGAAACCCCACGGGUGCAGUGAGUGUGGGAAGGCUUUUUCCACAAAAACGCAGCUCAUUCUGCAUCAGAAAACUCACACAGGAGAGAAGCCUUACACAUGCAGUGAAUGUGGAAAAGGUUUCAUCCAGAAGGGUAAUCUUAAUAUCCAUCAGCGAACUCACACUGGAGAGAAGCCCUAUGGAUGCACUGAGUGUGGAAAGGCCUUCAGCCAGAAGGCCUGCCUCGUCGCACAUCAGCGAUUUCAUACAGGAAGGACUCCCUUUGUCUGUACCGACUGCGGAAAAUCCUGUUCGCAGAAAUCAGGACUCAUUAAACAUCAGAGAAUUCACACAGGAGAGAAGCCCUAUGGGUGCAGUGACUGUGGGAAAGCCUUCACGACAAGGACAACGCUGAUUGUCCAUCACAGAACUCACACAGGAGAGAGACCCUAUGGAUGCACCGAGUGUGGGAAGGCUUUCUCUAACAUAUCCUACCUGGUUAAGCAUAAGAGGACACACACAAGAGAGCAACAUGUAGAUUUAGUGAAGGUGUAAUGUCCUUCCACAAAGGGUCACAGCUUUUAGAUUCCAGUGAACUCAUGCAGGAGGAAGACCCUGUUAGUACGGUGACUGUAUAGAUGCCUUCUGUGACCCCUCAGGGGGCUCCUAGCAGAUAGGAAUGUAGUCCUUGGGGGCCAGCCAAUGCCAAAUGUGCAUCCUCAGGAGACAGUGUGUGUGUGCAGGAGAGAAACCUUAUGAAUGCAGUGAAUGUGGUUAUGCCUUCAGUGGUCAAUCACAUUUUAUGUCACAAAAAACACACAGGAAAACACUGGUGCAUUGUUUGGAAAAGCCUUGAGCAACAAUGUCUACCUGAUGAUAUGGUGAUGUGUACACUGAAAGCCUGUGAGUGAGGAGCUUAGGGAGGCUGUGUUUUGGAAGAUAGGCCGUGUCUCCCAUCAGCCAUCAUCGGUGCACUCACAGUGAGUAGAAAUAUAAUGAAAGUGGGAGGGAAAGUCCUUGCCCUCAACAGGUGUCAUUACAUACUGGGGAGAAACUGUUGGAAGGCAGUGAACGGGGCAGGGUUCUCAGUGCCUCAUCUACUAGCUGGUGAAAUCAUAUAAAACUAGCACUGUGAACACACUAACUGGAAAGCCUUUAACAAAAUAUUAAAGUUCUUUUGAAGCAAA